UAUUUAUUUAUUUUUAAUGUAAUUUACUUAAUUAAUAAAUGAGAAGCAUGUUAAACAGCUUCUGUCAAGAACAGACAGCAAAUACAGCGGUCCUGGGUAAAUGGCACAAGGGAAAAGGUGUCUGUGAGUGGGCCAGGGAGGUCUCUGCACUGCUCUGCCAAGCUUUUAUUAGUCCUGGCAUGCCGCGGUGGCUGCAGACACGCUUCCUCGGGCCAUUACUUGAGCGAGACAGUAAGAUAAUGUGAUUAACUGCAGAUUGCUUAGCCUGACGUCAAUGCCCAGCAGACUGCCCAAGAUGCUAAUAGGAGAUUUGGUCAAUAAAGAUUUACAUGAUUGGAAUCAAAUUAAAUUAAUUGUCAUCAAUGUGGCUUCACAGGAGAUAGCUCUUGUCAAACAAACUUGAUUUAAUUUUCUGAUGAGACGGCAAGUUUGGUUAAGCAAUGUGCACAUAUGUGUGAGUGCACAGUACACAGACAGCACCUCCUCCUGCUUUCCUGCAAGGAGCUGCCCACCACUAAACGGGUGUUGCUGCAGGGACUCCACAAGUGCUGGCUCUAAGCUAGAAUUUAUUCUGUGCCACUUUCCUCAGCAGUCCUAAAAUCAGCACAAGUUGUGUCUCAAAUGGUGCUGGGGAAAGACAAGUCAUGCAGAGCAGUAUAGAAAGACUGGUGAACUCAGUCAUUCAAAGGAACUGCCUGAAAUAAACUGAACACCAGGGUGAGGAGAGGAGGCAGGAUUUCACAGGGGGGCACUGGAUCCUAGAAAACAGAAGCUCUGGAAAGCAGCUGGCAGCACACUUAGAGGUGUCACUGGGACCCAAAAGCCUAGUGCAAUUUUGGAUUCAUAGAACAGAAAUAGAGGAGGUUAUAUAUAUAUAAAAAAAAAACAGGAAGUUGAUAUCAUGUAGAUGUGUGGAUAAGAACUGUCUCAUAAGGCAGGUUGUGGAACACGUGGCUGGAGAUGAGAAACUCACAGUGCUCUGGGGUUUAUCAAGAAUAACUCCUUGGUCAUGGCAAGUGCACACCUUCAGUGGAAAUACUCUGCCACAAAGGCUCCGUGGCCAAGCACAGGAAGGCAGAAUGGGGUGCUGUGGCUGGAAGGAGUAGACAGGCAAUGCCCAACGGGAAGAAAAGCACAUGGUUAUAACCACGGGGUUAUAACCAUGCUCUUGAGGCAAAAAUCAGGGGAUGGAGGUUCUCCAUCUCUGGAUGCUCAAGAGCCUGCAGUAGUGCACUACCUUUCAGAAAAGCAUGCUUUAGGGAAUAGCUGUGUCACUGUGAUGUGAACAUCAAAUGGGACAGCAUUGCUUUGGCCUGCAGUCCCAUGGAUGGAUGAGUGUGCAGGCCAUUAGCACCAGUUUAAUUGUUCCUUCCUUGGCUGAGGGUAGCAAUGCCUGCUGCCUGAAACAUCAUUUUUCUGGCUGCAGUUUCUCUCUCAGCUCAUUUUCACCACGGACGCAUUGUCCGGGCAGAGCUUCUGCAUGACCCAAAGAGACCUGGGCCCGUAUGCCCAGUCCUGUCUCCAAGCAGGGCUCCUUGCUGCAAGCCCUGAAGCCGCCCGUUGCACUGCUCAUGAGGGCUGGGCAGGGGGCAAAGACCUUGGGGUCAUCAAGCCCCGCUUUGCCCACUGCUCCCUGCAAUAGUGACUGGAAGCCGUGGCAGGGCAGGACACCACGGUGCCAGCCUUAGACAGACACACUUGCUGCCAAAGCCAGAGGUUGCGCAGAGUGGCCGGGCAGGGAAUCGGAAGGGAAGGUGGCCCCACGAGAGCAAUAGGACAGGUUGGACUCUCCAGCAAUGAGUCCUCUGGAAAGCACUGACCACAGCAACCGUUUAAAAGCCUGACUGUGGGUUACGGGUGCUGAAAUUUUUUCCCUAUAUUGCACAAUGCAUUAAAACCGUAGUGUGCACAGUUUUACGAACAACCACACGGUAGCAAAAUCCCAACCUUUCUGUCACUGUGUUGCAGGGAAUUAAAGCCAGGAACAAAUAUUUGACUUGUUCCACCUGUGCCAUGUCAAGCCCCAACCAAACCAACACCAGUUCUUUGCCUUUUCUCCUGAUGGGCAUCCCUGGCCUGGAAGAUCUCCACAUAUGGUUUUCCAUCCCAUUCUGCUUUAUGUACAUCAUGAUCCUGCUGGGAAAUACCACGAUCCUUCUUGCUGUGAGGGUGGACAAAAGUCUCCAUGAGCCUAUGUACUAUUUUAUUUCCAUGUUGGCUGUCAUUGACCUCAUCUUCUCAACGGCUGUAGUUCCCAAACUGCUGGGUAUAUUCUGGUUGGGUUCAAGAGAGAUUGUUUUUGAGGCCUGCUUCGUCCAGAUGUUCUUCAUCCACACGUUCACCGCAGUGGAGUCAGGGGUGCUCCUGGCAAUGUCCUUUGACCGGUACAUAGCCAUCUGCAACCCCCUGAGAUACUCCACCAUCCUAACGAGCUCAAGGACCACCCAGAUAGGACUGCUGUCUCUGUCCAGGGGAGCUGCUGUCAUGACACCUUUGAUGUGCCUCCUCACCAGCUUGCCCUACUGCAAAUCCCGAGUCAUCCCUCACUCCUACUGCGAGCACAUGGCCGUGGUGAGGCUGGCCUGUGCUGACCCAUCCGUCAGUGACCUCUACAGCGUCAUCGUGGCAACGCUGUUGGUCGGGACAGACUCUGUCUUCAUCACUGUCUCCUACGGCAUGAUCCUCAGGUCUGUGUUGAGGCUGCCAUCCCAAGAGGCACGUCUCAAGGCCCUCAGCACCUGCGGGUCCCACAUUUGCAUCAUCCUCCUGUUUUACAUAGGCGGCCUCCUCUCUAUGUACCUGCAGAUGUUCUCUUUUGGCUUGGCACCUCACAUCCAAGUCCUGGUGGCUGAUUUCUAUUUGACAGUCCCUCCCAUGCUCAACCCGUUCAUUUAUGGCAUAAAGAUGAAGCAGAUCCGGGGAGGGAUUUUCAGACUGCUGGAGAACGUGGCGGGACUCAUGUUCUUGCAUGCUUAUAAAGGCAGGCGAGAUGCUCAGAGAGCAAAGCGCUCCCCAGAAACUGAUUUAUCUUACCCUAGACUAGGUGUGAUGCCAGGUGCAAUGAAUGCCCGUGGUGUUAGGGCAAUGAAUGCCCCAGAAACGCCCAUCUUUCUCCAGUCUCUGCAAAGGGAACCUAGACCAAAUGCCUAACCCUGACAUGAGAAAAGUUAACUGGUGUGAAACCAAUGCCUCAGCCCUGAUGGAUGCUGGACAACUGUCUCCUUGGCCAAUGCACUCAUGUUUUCUGAGUUAUCACUUGGAAACAUGGUAUCAUGGUACCACUUGGGUAGCAGCAGCACUUCAGCCGCUGCAGCACGUGGCUGAGGUGUCCCCCGGGGCAGGGUGCAUCAGCCAGCGAGGACAGCUGUGUCCAGCAAGCUGCAGCGAGGUGACACUGCUGUGCGCAGUGCCUCAUGUCCCUUCUGGGGGGCAUGGGAGGAUGCCCAGACCCCCUCCUUGCCUACAAGGGGUGGCAUUGUCUCACCCUGUGUCUUAUCCACCUCUCCGUGCAAGAGACAUCUGCAGUCCGCUUCUGAUCAGGAGUCAGACUGAUGCAUCUAAGAAACGGUGCAGCUCCGGGCUCCCUGGGAACUGGAGGCUGCUUUAAUCAACAGCUACAGUUACACAUCCACUGCCUCGGCCUGUCGUCACCCCCCUUGCCUCCGUGCACCCCUGCUGCAAUGUCGUGGUGGGGACCACACGCACCUCAACGCAAGGCAGCAUGGCAGGGUGACGUGGUGUAAGCCCUGCUGUCAGCAAGGAGCACCGGGCGACCCGAGCACCAGCGCUGCAGGAAUCAGCUGGAAAGGAGGAGCCCAAGAGGAGGUUGUGCUCUGCAUAGAAGGAAUUGCUGAUGUGUUUGCUGAGCUCAGAAAUCACUCAGACAUCUAAAGUAAAAGCUGUUUCCUAUUCCUGACAUAUCCUGUAGCCACAGGUGCCAAGAACAAUCACAGCUCUCUCUACAAAAUCGUGUUACUUCGUAAUUCUGCAAAGAGCGAUUGGAGAUUUAUCACCUGGUUUGGAGAGGGUGGUCGAGUCAGAAAGAAGGAAGAGAAAAUGGUUCCUGUAAAACGUGAUGUGCCCAUCCAUCUUUGCUUCCUUCCUUCUCCCUUUUGAGAUCAUCCAAAUCUCCCUCUGAACUGACAAAGCAGCAAAGUCCCACUAACAUGAAUCAGAUGGAAACAUUUUAUAUUAAUUUUAAAAUCAGAGACUUGUUUAGGCUGGAAAAGACAUUCAAGAUCACUGAGUGUGACCAUCAACCUGACCAUCCCAUCACCAAACCAUGUCCCUCAGUGCCACAUCCACACGUACCCUAAAUACCUCCAGGGACGGGGACUCCACCAGCUCCCCGG